AUGUCUUUGUCGUCAGAAACUCCCGAGCCCUCGGGCACGGGCACCACAGCUUCAUCCACGUCCCCAAAUUCCACACCUUCUCCUUCCACCUCGAGCGCUACGACUGUUACCUCAGGCUCUGCUUCGCGCCGUCCGCCGCGCAAGAGCACUCUGACUCAACAGCAGAAAAACAACAAACGCCAACGCGCAACUCAGGAUCAGCUGGUCACUCUGGAGGUCGAGUUCAACAAGAACCCUACUCCCACUGCGGCCACUCGGGAACGCAUUGCAUCGGACAUCAACAUGACUGAGCGAUCGGUCCAGAUCUGGUUCCAAAAUCGACGCGCCAAAAUCAAGAUGCUCGCGAAGAAGAGCAUUGAGACUGGCGAGGGCUGCGACUCAAUUCCGGAGUCAAUGCGCCACUAUCUUGCAAUGCAAUUCGAUCCAACGAAGCCGGGAACACGGGAUCCUUUUGGGCACUCAGUGGGGUACAGCACACCUGGCAUGUAUCCCAAUGAGUCUAACCCGACCGGCAAAGUUGUGAUUUCUCAUUUCACCUGCCGGUCUUUGACUAUUGGAAGUUGGCGCCGUAUCGGGCAGAACGCCAUGGACCUGGUGGUCUUUUAUUCGCCUGACAAGGCCUGCAUGACCUACUAUAUCAACAAUGAUUCUGCUGGUUACAAGAUCGAAUACCCCUUCGCGCAUAUCAAAAACAUAACAUUGGAAACCGGAGACUCGAACCCUGGGCCCCAUGGCGCACCGCCCCGGCCUGGUGGUCUAGUGGUGGAAUUGAACCGCCCUCCCCUGUUCUACAUGGACUCGUCCAACUCUGGUGGUUUCUAUCAAUGCGGUGAUUUUACCGAGGAACAGCAAGCCAGCCAAAUUAUGGUUCAUCACCUGGGAGGCCACCCCAAAGUCCUGAGCGUUCAGCUUGCGAAGCUCGUUUCUCUGGAGUCUUUCCAGAACCGCCUUGUGUACAACAACGGUAACAACGGUAACCACUUUUCUAUGCCUGGUGCCAUGUCUCCCCCUUCAUCCAGCGCCCAGCCUCCCAACCCAAUCACUUCCAACCCGCCGCCUACUUGA